AUGGCCGACUACGAUCUUUCAAAGACCGUAAUCCCAUAUCUCGACCGCCAUCUUUCUUUUCCUCUUCUCGCACAUCUCUUGGAGAUCUCCAUUUUUUCAGAUCAGGAUGUCCAGACUGCGCAGUAUGAGCUCGCAAAGGGCACAAACAUGUUCGACUAUGCAGUCCAACUCUUCACCCAAAUUUACGCAGAUCAACCUGUACCUCCUGAGUUUGACGUGAAACGCAAAAACGCUGUAUCAACACACGAGCGUUUGCAGCAAGAGGCCCAAGCCGUGUUGGAUGUAAUUGAAAACCCGGAUGUUGCACAAGCUCUUCGUCAGGAUAAAAACCAGAACCUCCAGUAUCUAAAGGAUAAUUACAACCUCACCCUCGAGCAAAUCACUGCACUCUACAACUUUGGUCAAUUCCAAUAUUCAUACGGAAACUACAGCGGAGCUGCAGAUUAUCUAUACCAUUUCCGCGUCCUCUCCACCGACAACGAUCUCAACACCUCUGCUCACUGGGGCAAACUCGCUUCUGACAUACUCACAGGAAAAUGGGAUAUUGCUCUCGAAGAACUCAACACUCUUCGAGACGUCAUCGACUCCCGUGCCCCCGCCCCCCUCCUUGCACCCUCAUCCGCCGCCGCCACCCCUGAACCUGCUCUUGCUCAGCUCCACUCCCGAACAUGGCUAGUCCACUGGUCUCUCUUUGUUUACUUCAACCAUCCACAAGGGCGCACGCUCCUGCUUGAGACAUUCCUUGCACCCACGUACCUUAAUACCAUUCAGACAUCAUCUCCGUGGAUUCUACGAUACCUUGCUGCAGCUGCGAUCUUAUCACGCAAAACUACCGCGACAUCUUCCUCGUCAUCAGCGCCUUUGUCCUCCCGUGUGCGGAAUGCUAUCCGAGAGGUCGUCAAGGUUAUUCAGACGGAGGAAUACCAGUACCAGGACCCAGUGACGUCGUUCUUGAAGGAGCUGUACAUCGAGUUUGAUUUUGAGGCGGCACAGAGGGAGCUGGCGCUCGCUGAAGAGGUCGUGGCGAAUGAUUUCUUCCUGAAUGAAUUUAGGGAAGAGUUUUUGGAUAAUGCGCGGUAUUUGAUUAGCGAAGCGUAUUGCAGGAUCCAUCAAAAGAUCGACAUUGCAGAUCUGUCAGAGCGACUUAACCUCUCACGCGACGAGGGCGAAAAAUGGAUAGUCAACCUCAUCCGGGAGACACGAAUGGGAGCCGACGCUAAAAUUGAUUUGGAAAAGAACGUCAUUGAAAUCAACCGACCCGCGUUGCCCAUCUAUCAAACGGUCAUUGAAAAGACACGCGGUCUGGCACUACGGACACAGGCACUCGGCGCCGCCGUAGGACGCACUGGACAGCAGGGGCAGGGCCAAACACCGAAAGUCGCCGAGAUCCAGGCGCCCGCGGUGAUGGUGAAUUAAAUGGACCUUGACGAUGAACUCGACGCUGUACAGUAUGUGUGCUCCCAGCGUGUGUAGAGUUGUAUCUGGAGUUGAGGCGCACAAUUUGGUAGUGCAUUGAAUAUUUCUUUACUGCUGUAUCAUCUCAGGUCCACGUGGCGUUGUCCGGAAACACAGCUUUCUCAUCAAUUGUAA